AUGGCCGAAAUCACCCUCCCCUCGCCCUUCGCAAGCAUCCCCCGCCAACCACUCCUCUUCGGCCCCUCCCCCAUCCAGCACCUCCCUCGCAUCUCCGCCGCCCUCGGCGGGAAAGUCAACGUCUACGCCAAGCGCGAGGACUGCAACUCGGGUCUCGCCUUUGGAGGCAAUAAAGUUCGUAAGCUGGAGUAUCUCGCUGCGGAUGCCCUCGCCCAAGGGAGUGACACCCUCGUCUCUAUCGGCGGAAUCCAGUCCAACCACACCCGCGCCGUCACCGCCGUCGCCGCAGCCCUCGGCCUCGCCGCCGCCACCGUCCAAGAGCACUGGGUCCCUUCUUCCUCUCCAACCUCUCCUUCUACCUCCUCCUCAUUGGACCCAAACUACGAAAAAGUAGGCAACAUCCAGCUUUCCCGCCUCAUGGGCGGCGACGUCCGCGUCGAACCAGCCAUUCCCUCGUUCGGCAUCGAGCACAAACCCACUCUCGCGAACCUCAAAGCAGAGCUGGAAAGCAAAGGGAAGAAGCCCUAUUACAUACCCGCCGGGGCAUCCGAUCAUCCGCUGGGAGGACUCGGCUUCGCGCGAUGGGCUUUUGAAGUGGAAGCGCAGGAGAAGGAGAUGGGCGUGUUCUUCGAUACGAUUGUUGUAUGUGCCGUGACGGGGUCGACUAUGGCGGGCAUGAUUGCCGGCUUCAAAUUGGCCCAGGAACACCUCGGUUCGCGUAAGAGGAGGAUCGUAGGGAUUGAUGCUUCGGGGAAGCCCAAGGAGACGUUUUCGCAGGUCUUGCGUAUCGCGAAAUUCACUGCUGUGAAGAUUGGACUUGAGGAGGGGGAUGUUACGGAGGAAGACGUGGAGCUGGAUGAGAGGUUCAAUGCGGGGAUAUAUGGCCUUCCGGACGAGGCGACGGUCGAGGCCAUCAGGUUUGGGGCGAGGACGGAGGCGUUUAUCACGGAUCCUGUCUAUGAGGGCAAGAGUCUGGCGGGGACGAUGGCGUUGAUUCGAGGGGGUGAGAUUGAGGGGGGAAAUGUGCUGUAUGCGCAUCUGGGAGGACAAUUGGCGUUGAAUGCGUAUUCGUCGAUAUGAUGUGCUUG